GUUCUUUCCAUAGGAGUUUCAACGUCCAGCGUCUCUCCUUGCUCUGAAGUAACAAAGACACAGCCGUGGACAGAAUUUCAAAGGAGCACUAGCAAUGACCGACGAAGAACCCUCAAAUGACGCAGCACCUUCCACUGACGAUGCCCAUGAGCAUACGGAAACGUCGCUCGUUACUACGAACCCUGAGAAAAGAGUCAAGAAGAUUAAGAAAAUUAAGAAGAAGAGACCAGCGCGUGUGCAGGUAGACCCAGCCACUUUCAAAACCGAGCCACCGCCACAGACAGGGACUGUCUUCAAUAUAUGGUACAAUAAAUGGUCUGGCGGUGAUCGCGAUCAAAACAUCCAGCACGCUGCACCAGGACGUUGCAACAUCGCUAGAGAUUCAGGUUACACAAGAGCAGAUAGUAUACCCGGAUCAUAUUUCUGUCUCUUCUUUGCAAGAGGAAUAUGCCCAAAAGGAAGAGAUUGCCAAUACUUGCACAGGCUGCCUGGAUUGCACGAUAUAUUCAGUCCACAGGUGGACUGCUUUGGACGCGAAAAGUUUGCAGACUACAGAGAUGAUAUGGGUGGCGUUGGCUCCUUUAUGCGCAUGAACAGAACAUUGUACGUUGGAAGAAUUCACGUUACAGACGAUAUUGAAGAGGUGGUUAGUCGGCACUUCCAAGAAUGGGGCCAGAUCGAUAGGAUACGCGUGCUCACAAACAGAGGUGUGGCCUUUGUGACGUAUUCAAAUAUGGCAAAUAGCGAAUUCGCGAAGGAAGCGAUGGCACAUCAAUCACUUGAUCACGAGGAGGUGCUGAAUGUUCGCUGGGCAACGGUUGAUCCAAAUCCUGCAGCGCAAAAGCGAGAGGCGCGAGCAAUAGAAGAACAAGCGGCAGCAGCUAUUCGAGCGGCACUACCGCCUGACUAUGUUGCUCAACUGGAGGGAAGAGAUCCAGAAGCCACGAAGAGAAGGAAAAUCGAGGGAAGCUUUGGAUUGGAGGGUUAUGAAGCCCCGGACGAUGUAUGGCAAGCUAGGGAGCAAGCGAAUUGGAUAGCUAAUAAGAUGGGUUUGGAUGAGGGAGGGCAGCGCGAAGUAGCUGAGUCUCGGGAAGAGCGGCUUAUAGCCGACGGCUCACCAGAAGCGGAAGAAACACCAGCAUCCACGACCGAUAAUGGGAUCUUCUCGAGUUCAACUUUGACCGCUCUCAAUGGUCGGAAAUUCACAACUGCAAAAUCUGCGCCUACGCCUUCAGGUCCCUUGGUAGCGUAUGGGAGCGAUGAUGACAGCGAUUAGGAAAAACAAUCCUGUGCAUCAAGUUGUGAUGAUGCACAGCUAGGAAAAGGUAGCCAGACUCGAAUCUUGCCUAACGACAUAUUGUUGGAGCGAAGCCUCAUUUUUGGCGCCGUCAGCGAGCUGGGUAUGUUAAGAUACAUUGGCCUCAAUUUGAAUUCAAGGACAUCGAGGCAUAUCAUACUUUUCUCUGGCGGUUAUUGAAACUAAGCCUAUGAUAUUAUGCUCCCUCACAAGAGAAUCAUGGCCACAUUAGCCUGUGGAAAGAUCAACCAACAGCUGACCUUAUUUGAGGACGCUCUGAUCAUCAUGAAAUCAGCGUUAGCUAUUUCUCUUCUCACUCCAAACAUGGCAUGCGAAUGUAAUCAAAUCACGGCAGCUAAUCAGCGCUCCGUCACUGAGAAUAACUCGGUGUUGUCAAACUAGAAGUAUGUAUCUGCCUCUGCAGAAUGUAAUAAUUUAAGGUCAUCCUUAAGUGCAUUCAUAUCUCUGCGCUUGUCAUUUAAUCUUCAU